GCGUGUCAUUGAAUUCAGUGCGGGACAGUGGACCAAAGGUCGAUUUCAGAAGUAACUCUCAACUGUAAGCAUGUUCAAUGCGACUGGAACGAUGAGGUGUAUCAGUAUCAGACUAAACUCCUUCUGCCGACAAGGAAUGCAUUCAUGGAGACAUUUUUCUUUAAGUUCAGCUCAAGCAGCUCGAGUUCAUGUAAACUAUGAAGUGAAAAAUGAUGUUGCAGUUGUCAAGAUGAACUCUCCAGAUUCAAAGGUAAAUACUUUAUCAAAGCCUCUACAACGUGAGAUUGUAGGAAUCAUGGAGGAAAUCUGGAGCAAUGAUCAAAUUAAAAGUGUUGUUCUAAUGUCUGGGAAACCUGGCUGUUUCUUGGCUGGGGCUGAUAUUGGACCUUAAAAUGAACUGCAUGAAAACAAAAUAUAUGCCAUUUGAAAACACAGCACAAAACCAAAUAGAGGUAGGAAGCAUUGACAUCAAGGAAGUAAAGGAAUACAUAUACUUGGGACAGAGUAAAUAUAUGCUGAGACAUGGAUGCUGAAUCCUUGAGAAACAUAAGGGCAGGAUGGAAGGCAUUUACCUUCAGAAAAGAGUACUCAAAGUAAAGCUGAAUAAGACUCUACAUACCAAUCUCUUCAGUAAUACCAUUCUACCUGCUCUCUUCUACGUAAAUGAGACAUGGGCUACUACAAAGUUGGAAGAAUAUAGAUCAGUUACAAU